GUUAGCCUUUCUAAGAUCUCAUGGGUGGAAGGUGAACGUGAAAAAGAGUUCCCUUAUUCCUCUCACAAGAGUUCCAUUCUUGGGAACUCUGAUAGAUUCGGUGGACAUGAAAAUUUUUCUGACAGAGCUCUUCAUUCCAUUCCUCAGCCGUCAGGGGCUCAGUGUAUGGAGGUAAUCGGACUUAUGGUAGCAGAAAUGGAUAUUGUUCCAUUUGCUCGCUUGCAUCUCUUGCAUCUAAGACCACUGCAACUAUGCAUGCUUAAACAGUGGAAUGGGGAUUAUGCAGAUUUUCCCCUCAGAUAAAUCUGGAUCAAAAGACCAGAGAUUCUCUUCUUUGGUGCCUGUCACAGGUUCACCUUUCCUGGGGAAUGUGUUUCCGCAGGCCAGCGUGGGUUAUAGUGACGACGGACGCCAGCCUACUGGGCUGGGGUGCAGUCUGGAAUUCCCUGAAAGCACAGGGUUUGUGGACUCAGGAGGAGGCCCUCCUACCAAUAAAUAUUCUGGAAUUAAGAGCGAUAUUCAAUGCUCUUCAGGCGUGGCCUCAGCUGGCUUUGGCCGGAUUCAUCAGAUUUCAGUCGGACAACAACACGACUGUAGCUUACAUCAAUCAUCAGGGGGGAUCAAGGAGUUCCUUGGCGAUGAUGGAAGUGUCCAGGAUAAUCCGAUGGGCAGAGACUCACUCUUGCCAUCUAUCAGCGAUCUAUAUCCCAGGGGUAGAGAACUGGGAGGCAGAUUUUUUAAGUCGUCAGACAUUUCAUCCGGGGGAGUGGGAGCUCCAUCCGGAGGUGUUUGCUCAACUGGUACGGCUAUGGGGCACACCAGAAUUGGAUCUGAUGGCGUCUUGUCAGAACGCCAAACUUCCUUGUUACGGAUCCAGGUCCAGGGAUCCUCAGGCAGUACUGAUAGGUGCUCUAGCAGUACCCUGGUCGUUCAACCUGGCUUAUGUGUUUCCACCUUUCCCUCUCCUUCCACGUCUGAUUGCCAGAAUCAAACAGGAGAGAGCUUCGGUGGUUUUGAUAGCGCCUGCGUGACCACGCAGGAAUUGGUAUGCAGACCUAGUGGACAUGUCAUCUCUGCCACCGUGGACUCUGCCAUUGUGACAGGACCUUCUGUUUUAAGGUCCGUUCAAGCAUCCAAAUCUAAUUUCUCUGCAACUGACUGCUUGGAGAUUGAACGCUUGAUUUUAUCAAAGCGGGGUUUCUCUGAGUCGGUCAUUGAUUCAGGCUCGAAAGCCUGUCACCAGGAAAAUCUAUCAUAAGA